AUGCCUGCCGCUACUAGCCUCGCAAACAAUGAGGUGCAAAACGAGCAACCUGGACCUCGAUCGCCCAGCGACACUUGCCCACUCAUAGCACAGGCCAAACACCAGCAGACGACGCGACAGCUAACAGCACAAGCCACCUCAAGUCCUGGCGUUCUAUGCCGUCUUAACCUCUUUGGCCUUGGUAGUGGCGACAUCAGCCUGCUGAUUGAGACAGUCAUCCAGGAUCUCGUCCCACUGCGAGAAAGAGACCCGCUACUUGGAGGCCUGAUUACAAGCAAGACCACCUGGCGUUGGAUCUUCUAUAUCAACCUUCCGGUUCGGAGGAGAAUCGUCUCCAAUCGCACCUCGUCAGCUGCUCUCAUCUUAACCUUUUUGCACUCUGUCGUCACCUAUUGGACCUUCUAUUUCCUCCCAAUCUACUUCCAGGCAGUCAAAGGGCGAUCACCCUUGUCCUCGGGAGUCGACACUUUGCCAACGUUUGCUGGAAUCAUCCCUUUUGCGAUUAUGGGCGGCGUGCUCCUGUCCAAGACCGGCCGGUACAAACCGUUACACUUCUUCGCGUUCGUGCUAAUGACUAUCGGCUUGGGUCUAUUCAGCACGAUGGACGAGACUUCAAGCAUUGCCGCCUGGGUCUGCUAUCAACUGCUAUGCUCCAUCGGUGCCGGAUGCCUCGCAGGAAUCACCCUACCUGCCGUCCAGGCGCCACUGGAUGAAAGCGAUGUAGCCACCGCGACCGGAUUGUGGAGCUUUAUCCGCGGUUUCGGAGCGAUCUGGGGUGUCACUAUCCCAGCUGCGGUGUUUAACAAUGGAAGUGCCAAACACGCAAGCAUGGUGGGCGACGCCGGAGUCGCACAGAUGCUGUCUGGUGGGAAAGCCUACGAGUAUGCGACGCAGGCAUUCCUCAACGGCAUCAACGAUCCGACAGUCCGAAGAGAAGUCAUUCAAGUCUUUGCAAAGUCAAUGCAAACAGUGUGGUAUGUCUGCCUGGCGACCGAGUUCGGUCUUUCGUAUCCUCAAGACCCAGCUGCACUGGAAAUGGGCGUGUCAACCGUCGAGGCUAACAGCGCAAGUUCACCAGUCUCAAUUCCUGAUUGA